GAAUUAACCUUUCUCCAAAUUCUCACCAGUUCCUCUCCUUCUCACCAGACUACACCUCACCAUUCGCUCUCUCUAGCCCUAGACAAAGCCACCGCAGAAGCUUAUCUCCGGCAAGGUCUCCACCACCAUCACCACCUGCUAUUUCCCUAUACUCUCUAUGAUGAACCCCAAAUAUCAACGUUCACCGUCACAGUCACCACGAUCUUCACCACCAUCGGUAAAAAUAAAGGCUUAAAAAAGCGCUCAAAACAAGGAAGCUCUCUUUCCGGACAUUCCUCCAUCUUUCAUUCCUCUCUCUAAACCUGUUGUUUCUCUUCCCUAUCUCUAACAUAAAAUCUAAAUACCACCAUCGUUCACCGCCGUUGUCACCACGAUCUUCACCACCAUCAGACAGCCACCAUAUUUAGAUCUAGGUCAGAUUCGUAUGAUUCCAAACUCACAUUGACGGAUCUGGAUCGAGGAUCUUCGAAUGUUUUAAUGGUUAGAAGGGCUACAAUCAAAUCAUGAUUCAUGUGGCCUAAUUUAUAUGAAGGUAUCAUCAGUUUGGAAAAGAAGAGCUCAGAUUGAUCGUAGUGCACGCCUAUGAUUUCCACAAUGAAUGAUUUUGGGACGAACUCUAAUAAAUUUUUGUGACAUUUACCCUAAUUUUUUUUUUUAUCUUAAUAAGCUUAAAAAGUAAGGUUAUGUUUUGGAUUGUUUUUUAUCUUUAAAAGUUUUUUUUGGACAAUGUUUAUUGAUUUAUGAGGAUAGCAAAAUAAGUUUUUAAAAAUAUUUGAAUUAAUUUUUGUAGUGAAUUUUUUUUAUACUUAAUCUGAUUAAAAAAAAGGUUAUGAAAAAAAAAUAAGGGAAUAAAUGAGACUAAAUAGUUCAAUAAAGAUCGUAGGGUCAUUUAUAGUUUAAAAAAACUAAUUCAUAAAAACCUCUUGUUCAAAGAAUGCAAAACUCCAUUUUAAAAAGCAUCAAUACAAUAAUUUUUUUUUUACUUAUUACUUUUGAAGUAAUCUCAAAUACAUUUUUUACUUACUGCUUUUUAAAAAUCCGAUAAUUCGAUAAUUUAUUUUGAAAGGAAUCCAAAACACCCUCUAAAGUUUAAGCGGGUGUUUGGUUUAGUUUUUCACAGCCAAAAGUCAUUUGUGGAAAAGUUACAAAAAGUCAGGAUUUCCUUGCUUUUUUAAAAAAUUCAUUUUCUUUGUAUAAAAACUCCAAAAAUAGUUUUUAAAAUUAGUUUUGACAAAUAUUUUUUGUUUUUUUUUUUUUUAAAAUGACGUUGGAUCGUAAAAAACUAAGCCAAAUACCCUUUAAAUACCACCGAUAACCAAUAUUAAUACUAUAUGGAAUAUAUGAACACGUGAGAAUUGUUACCUGACCGGUGCUAGAAGCCAAGCCUCCUCAAACACGGCACACUUCCCCAAUUGUACGAAACUCGACGGAUCUUCGGUCUUCAACAACCGGGGCUCCACACCCGGCGCCACUCCCAUCUCCUGAGUUGCCGCCGCUUUCUGCUCCACCGCCGAUGAACUCUCUUUCUCUCGUUCCUUUCUCCUCCGCCUGCAGCUCUUCUACCCUCCCAAAACUCAAACCUUUGUACACACUUCAUCAUCACCCUUACAUAAACAUCAACCAGAAGCGGAGAAUCAGAAAUGGAAGAUGCAGGGCGGAGUUAAUUCACGAUGCGCCGUUCGUCUUUGCUAUCGGCGCGUGUGUGCUCAACUCGUUAGUAUUUCCUCUCCCUGUAAGUCCCAACGACGAGGAAGAUGGUGACUCGGUGAUCGAUUCAGCUGAUGCAAGGUUCGCUGUCAUGGGGAUUAUAAGCUUCAUCCCUUACUUCAACUGGAUGAGUUGGGUUUUUGCUUGGAUGGAUACCGGCGAUAAACGUUAUGCUGUAUAUGCCAUCAUUUACUUGGCUCCAUACUUAAGGACAAACUUAUCACUGUCACCUGAUGAAAGCUGGUUACCUAUCGCAAGCAUUCUUCUUUGCAUUCUUCACAUCCAGUUAGAAGCAAGCAUCAAGAAUGGAGAUCUUCAGGGAUUCCAAUUAUUUAAUGGAGCUUCAAGGAACAAAUCUCUAGAGAAAGAUGUGAGAAUCUCUAAACAGGGGAGAAGAAAAGAUGAACAAAAGUUGCCUUCUUCAAAUGAUGAAUCAAGAAAUAUGAUUAGUGGUUGGGGAAUUCCUAAAAAGCCUGCUCAAAAAGCUGAUCAUUUGGACGAAGAGGGAGAUGAAGGGAAAAAACAUUAGAUCAGAUGAUUGUUUGAUGAAUCAAUCAUUUAGGUAACAUUUUAUUGAUCUCACCAAUAGAUAUAAGUUGUUGUGAAAGAGUGUUUUAGUUUCCACAUUUGUUGAAAAUAGUGUUGAUUGCUCUCAAACUUCAAUCAUUAUAGCAUUUACAAUUCGAGACAUGAACAAAGUUAUGUUAUUUUUUUCUUAUCGGGAACUUUAGAUCUACCACUGUGAAAAUAAUUUUUUGAUAUUAUUUUCAUUCGUUUGUUUUCUUA